AUGACUUUAAUAAAAUAUUGGAGAGUGAAUGCAGUUAGUGAAAACAAAGAUGAAGAUAUCAGUCUUCUCCCAGGGAGUGAACAGGAGUGUGAAGAGGAUGGUUCAGAGAUAGAGGCUGAUAGCCAGCAGGACCUAGAAGAUUUAGAGGAGGAGGAGGAAGUGUCAAAUAUGGGUGGUGACAAUCCUGAAGUGAUCCACAGAUUUUGCACCUGUGAUUACAGAGGAAACACCUUUCAACUGGAAGAUAUCAUUAAACAGAGGAUAAGAGAUCAGGAAAAGAAGGCAAGCCACCAACAUCAGGAUGCCCUAAGGAGGGAGCUAGAGGCCCAGGUUCAUACCAUACGAAUCCUUACAUGUGAGAAAACGGAGCUUCAGACGGCACUCUAUUACAGCCAGCAUGCUGUCCAGCAGUUGGAAGGAGAGUCCAGAGAUCUGGUCAGCUGCCUGCAUGAUUCAUGGAAGUUUGCAGGAGAGUUAGAGCAGGCCCUCUCUGCUGUCGCUACACAGAAAAAGAAAGCAGGCAGGGUGAGUCCAGCUGCCCCAUCCCUUGGGAGCCUGGCUUCGCAGAUGGAGGAGUGAACCUCAAACUCCCUUCUGUCGGAUGGAGUGUCCUGCCCGGAAGACAGCGUGGCCAUUUCUUGCUGCUUUUGUGUGUGGUUGUUAGAGACCAACUGGGGCUGAGUCAGCUGCUGUGGGUGAGUUGGGGGGUGCUGUGGGGAGCGAGCACUGGACAUAGAGCUCGCAGGCCAAGUGCCCGCCCUGCCCAUACUUGUCUGUGGCCU